AUGUCAUUCAUCCCUCCUGUUGUCCACGAAUGGACUCAAACUGCCCUGGCCAAUCUGCCCCCUCCAGCACAGCAAGCAUUGCUGCACCCGCUGGUCCCUAAAGCUCUCGCUGCUAUCUUAGCUUUCACUGCUCUGCGCCAAACCAACCGCGUCCUCAACUCGCUAUCCCUUAGCAAUAUCAGCACCCGGAAAUGGGACAAUGCCCGCGAACUCGUCCUCCUAACCGGCGGAUGCAGUGGCAUCGGCAAGCAAGUCAUGACAGAACUAUCCUCGCAUGGCGCGAAAGUUAUCAUUCUCGACAUUAGUGAACCCACCUUCAAACUCCCACCAAACGUCCACUUCUACAAAGCAGAUAUCACCUCCUCCGCCGCACUGCACCCCGUAGCAGAACAGAUUCGGCGCGAACACGGCCAUCCCACAGUUCUUGUGAACAACGCAGGUGUCGCCAACGACGCGACGAUCCUCGACGAACCCGAGGCCAAGAUUAGACAAACUUUCGAAGUGAAUACGAUUUCACACUUUCUCACCGUGAAGGAGUUCCUCCCCGCCAUGAUCGAGAGAAACCAUGGCCAUGUCGUGACGGUGGCUAGUCAGGCUAGUUUCAUGUCGCUCGGAGAGAUUGUGGAUUAUAGCUGUUCGAAGGCGAGUGCCUUGGCAUUCCAUGAGGGGUUGGGGCAGGAGCUAAAGUAUUGGCAUAAGACUACGGGGGUGAAGACGAGUGUGGUUCAUCCACUGUGGGUGCGCACACCCAUGAUUCAGCAGCUCACAGAUGCUGGAAAGGAAUUCAAGCAGCCCGUUUUGACGGUGGAGAGGGUGGGCAGUACUAUCGCGAAGCAGAUUAUCUCAGGGAAGAGUGGACAGCUUGUUUUACCUGAAUCAUUGUGGUGGAUUAGUUUGGUGCGGGCGUGGCCGACAUGGUUACAGGAGACGGCGAGGGGGCUGGCGUCGAAGGAUUUGGUCAAGUUGAGGGCGUGGCAGAAAGAGAAUGAUGUUACCAUACACAUCUACACUGCAGCCAUCACAAAGUCUCCCCCAACCACCCCCUCACCCUCAUCCCCUGCCCCGUCUCCUCCUUCUCGCCAAUGUACAAAUUAUAAAUCGGCGCCACAUGCAACAGAAUCUCUCUCCCCCCACCACAAACUAACACCUUCUCCACGGGGAAAGACUCAAACCACUCCGCCGGCGCGCUCGACAAAUCCGUAUAAUGGGAGCGAUCAUGAUGGCUCCGCGGAGGGUUCCUUCACAAGGGAUGGGGGCGAUCUGAGGGUGGGGAUGAGCGAGGUGGGAGAGGACUCCACCGACGAGGUUCCCGCCUGCGGAGUCCCCGCCGAGGAGGAUUUGGGAUGGGGAAUGAGUUAUAAGGUUCAAGAAGAACUGGAAAUAGCCUCUGUUGGCGGGGAGGGCGAAGCCGCCUCCUAUAUUUGUUUUGUGAGUGGAAGGUGGUAG